AUCGAUAACAAGUAUUUGGUGUGGCAAUUUUUGUGCAGAAUUGUGAAAGUAAAUAUAAAUAAAUAAUAAAUCCGAGGAAUAGCAGGAUGCACGAACAACCACUGAAGGAGGUAACCCAGCUAAUCCACGCCAUCAAAGUGGGAUUGGUGGAGGGAUCCUACAAUAUAACCAACAAGACGCUGGAUAUCUUCAAGUACAUAAUUAUGAGCAAGAGCUGGCAAAACGCCGAUGCUCUCAUGCAAAUAGUCCGCGCCCAGUGUAGAAUCCUGCAAUCAGCUCUGCCCCAGGAGACGGUGUCAUCAAACAUAGCCAGGCGGAUUCUGAAGCUCACCCGUGAGGAGUUUGACCUGCUGCAUGCGAAGGUCCAGCACAUUGCCGACGACUCGCAGGCCUCUCUGUCGCUACACAAACUGGUGACCCAGACCAGCGAGAGCAACGUGAGGAGUGACUACUCGGUGCCGCAACAGGGUCUGAGGGAAGCGCUGCUGGAUCACCUUCAGGAAGUGGAAACGGAGCUAGAGACCAGUUCGGAGAAUAUUUGCGUGCAGGCCGAGGAGCACAUCCAUUCGUCGGAGAUAAUCCUGACCUUGGGCCACUCGCGCAGCGUUGAAAACUUUUUGAAGCGAGCUAUUAAAAAGCGCCAGUCCCUUACCAUAAUCGUUGCUGAGUGUGCACCAGCAUGUCGGGGUCACAACCUGGCUGCCAGCUUGGCGAGUGAGAAGAACGUAGAGAUAAUUGUGAUCCCGGAUGCGGCCAUAUUUGCGAUGAUGUCACGUGUUAACAAAGUUAUAAUAGGGACGCACAGUGUCCUUGCUAACGGUGGACUGCGGGCCGCUUGUGGUGCGUACACGGUGGCGCUGGCCGCCAAGCACUAUUCUGUGCCGGUGAUCGUGCUGGCGCCCAUGUACAAGCUGUCGCCGCUGCACCUGUGCGAGCAGGAUGCCUUCAAUAUGGUGGGCUGUGCCGAAGAUGUCAUACCCUACGAUUCCAUUCCCGCUCGAGAGGCUAAGGUCUAUAGUCCCAUGUUCGACUAUGUGCCACCGGAGCUGAUUACUCUGUUUAUAUCCAACACCGGUGGCCACGCCCCCUCAUAUGUGUACCGGCUGCUCACGGAACUGUAUCAUCCUGAGGAUCUGGAGAUUUAAAAUAGUUAGCUUUUUCCAAAGUGCAAUGGAACCGUUUUUAACUUCAGUUUCAGCUAUGUUUUUUGAUAUUUUUAUUUAAAUGUUCGCUGCUACAAAUAAAAAUCAAGUCUUAUUGCUGAACUUAAAAAUCUCUUAAUUAAAAUUUAAAAUAGAAACAAAUAAUGUGUUGUCUUUUGUCAAAACUGUUAUACUUAGCUAUUCAGCUGUUUGUUUUAUUACUAUCGAUAGCCGAUAACCUGUCACAGAACACAAAACUUUUGUAUAAACAAAAUAAACUGAAUUGUCAUUCUC